GCCAUGCUCUGCGGUUCUCCGGGUGUGUGGAAACUCUUUGAUCGCCACCGACUACCGGACUUGCUGAAAGAAGGCUGUAGCAGUAACUGCUUUUAAUAUUUGGACUUUUCUCCGCCGUGUCAAGCUCUGUACUUCUAUGAACCUUGGACUUGAGAAUACAUUGCUUGAGGCAGCAGCACAUUUCUGUGAAUUAGCGGCUCCGAAAAGAAACCAUAUCUGGUCAAAGUAUUCAGCUGUCACAUGCGCUAUAUAUAGUGUGGGAUAAGCGCUGCCUGAAGUCUUGUGCUUGGGGGGGGUUGAGUGUUCCUGCCUUUUUUUAGUUUCUUCCAUCCCCUUCCCGCAUUUUAUCUUAUUCGCCAUGUUCCGUAAAGAGAUGGAUAAGUACCGGGAUGUGGAUGAGGAUGAGCUCUUGCAGAAGCUCAGUGAAGAAGAGCUCAGGAGACUAGAAGAUGAACUCGAAGAGCUUGAUCCUGAUAACGCACUAUUGCCAGCAGGAUUCAGACAGAGGGAUCAGACCAAGAAAGCUCCGACUGGAACUUUUCAGAGAGAUAACCUCCUCGCUCACCUGGAGAAACAGGCCAAAGAGCAUCCAGACCGAGAUGAUCUUGUUCCCUACACUGGCGAGAAAAGAGGAAAAGUGUGGGUGCCUAAGUCCAAAGUCGUCGACCCUAUCCUGGAGGAUGUUACUCUGGAGCCUGAACUAGAAGAAGCGCUAUCUAGUGCUACUGACGCAGAAUUGUGCGAUAUAGCAGCCAUUUUGGGCAUGCACACACUGAUGAGUAAUCAGCAGUAUUAUGAAGCACUGGCCAGCAGUACUAUCGUCAACAAACAGGGCUUGAACAGUGUAAUCCAGUGUACUCAGUAUAAGCCAGUGCCAGAUGAACAGCCCAAUGACACAGAUGUAGAGGAAACACUACAGAGAGUCAAGAGAAAUGAUCCAGAUCUUGUUGAGGUCAACCUAAACAACAUCAAGAAUAUUCCAAUCCCAACUCUGAAAGCGUAUGCUGAAGCUCUCAAAGAGAACAAUGUUGUGGAACGCCUGAGCAUCGUUGGCACCAGAAGUAAUGAUCCUGUGGCCUUUGCACUAGCAGACAUGCUGAGAGUGAACACCACUCUGAAGACUCUAAACGUUGAGUCAAACUUCAUUACUGGGGCUGGAAUUCUGGCACUCGUGGAGUCCUUAAAGAGCAACACUACACUGCUGGAGCUAAAGAUUGACAACCAGAGCCAACCUUUAGGUAAUAAGGUUGAGAUGGAGAUAGCUAACAUUUUGGAGAAGAACACUACUCUGCUGAAGUUUGGAUACCACUUCACCCAGCAGGGCCCACGCUUGCGUGGAUCUAAUGCCAUGAUGAACAACAAUGACCUGGCACGUGUAGUUCGGUCGGACUCAGAUGGCGCGAUCACAUUCACUCUGUCAGUCCCAGAGCUGGAAAGAGCCUUCUGUAAAAAGUUCAAGUUCACAACGAAACCCAAUAAGAAAGAGAAGGCUUGAAGGAGGACCCAUCUUUCCUAAAUGUCGGACAAACGUGUAGCGGCUUCAGGAACCCUCUAUGGCCUGGGACCUGCAUCACACCCCAUCUCAUCCCAUAUCCUCCCUUCAUGUCUGUCCCUUUCGCAUAUAACCCUCAAAAUCAUCUAAAGGAAACAUCACAGUCAGAAAGGUACCACCCUCUGUUUACCAGACACAUAGUUACUCAUGGCGGAGUGUUUUAAAAAUGUGUAAACUACCUGCCAUAACAUUAGCAAGGAAAAAUCACCUACGUGUGUUGAUGGAAGCAGUAAAGAUGAAAAUGACCUUCAAUUUAUCACAAUGUUCUCAGUUGACAUAAUCCUCACGUUGUAAACAGUUUGACCUGUGUUUGGAUGCGCACCAAGAGCAUCAAACUUCAAACUUGACUGAUUGUAGCUGUGGUUUUGCCUUGUCCGGGCCAGUUUGAGUCUCACUGUAGUGGUAGUUCUCACACACAUCGCGUAGAAGCAUGUACUGUGUGUUUUUUUUUUGGGAUGUGCUAUAAUCUUGACCUGUUCUUCUGUGUGUAAAAACUGGUACAUUUUUUGCAAUGCAAAUUCGUUGUUGGCAAGUCAGUAGACUGUGGUUUCUGUUACUUUUCUAUGCAGAAAACAGCAAUGAGAUUGCAUUGCUGGUGCAUAAUUUUAGAAACUCGCAUCGCCAACAACUCGCAUUUAAAAUGAAUACAAAUCACUACAAAAUCUAAGCUCUGUGUAUUGGCACCGCUCCAGUAUAUUUAUGAAAUUAUUUAAAUAUAAAUAAUAAAUAAAAUAUAUAAAGUAUUUUAUAUUCUAUGUUUGAUGAGGGAAAAAUCUCUUUUUUGUGUUUAAGGCAAGUUUAGAGCAAGCAGUGAUAUUUCUCAUAUUAUACUAAUGGUCUCUCUCUACGAUAACCACUUAUUAAUGAUUGUGAUUGAUGUGCAUACAGUGUUCUCUAUAGUCUUCCUCAAUAAAUGCCUUUUUUUUUACUUUUAAGCAAGAAUCGUAACACACAAUAGAAUACUCAUCAUAAAAUUAGAUGGCUCAUGAAGUCAAUUCCAGGUUAUAUUUCACCACCCAAAAAAUAAUAAUUAAUAAAUCAGAAGAAAAAAUUCGCAUACAUCUGUUUUUAGUUGCAAAUGUGAAUGAAAUUGUUCAUUGCGCUCUGUUGAGAUCUUGUACAGAAACUUAUACUUAAAAUUGCACUGAAUGAUUUUGCCAAUAGUUAUUUUGCCGAAUAUAAUUUCUCUUUGAUUCGUCUUGAUCCAGACCCCUGGUCAUUUCUCUGCGUUUUUCCUGAAACUGGGCAUCAUUUGCAAUUUGUUGUGUGCUGUGAUUUAGCAGGAUGGGUGUGUGUGUGUGUGUGUGUGUCUCAGAUAUUUUUUGUCCGUGAUCAGGCCUUGCUCUCUUCACACUCUCCCAGCACAAUAAAAGUCGGUAUGUUUUAUUAUUGUAAACAUUUUUCUACUGUUUAAAGGACAGAGCAUUUAUAGGACUUUUGAGGUCAUUGUCUUGUUCAAAAACCAAAAAGGGAAAAUUCACUGUUGAUUUUCUUGUCCUGUGUUUGGACGCAGGCCCAUAAUCAUUGCCAUAGAGUGCCUGGGCUGGUGCACACAUGUAUAUUUUGUUAGUGCACCUUACUGUAUGUGAUUUAAGGAAUUAAUAAAGACUGAAAAGGUUGUGUGGAAAUGUCAGCAGAAACUUUUUUUUAACCAGCUUCGCAUCAGGAACACUAUUUAAAUAUUUAUAUGCAGAAGAUUAAAAUGUUUUAGAAUGACCAACAGUGCCACUUUGUGGUCUGGUUUAUUAAUAGUGUCUGCGUAAUAGCAAUAAUAUGCAGGCUUUAUAUGUGUAACAUAAUUUGAGGCUUUGUACUUUCUUUAGAAGUUUAAUCUACAAUGUAAAUGUUUAAUAUACACUAUAUAUUUGAAGAGGCUAUGACAGUUAAUGGUUAAAGUAAAAAACUAAACAAAACUGAUUUUUAGUUUACUGUAGUGAC